AUGCUGACAAGGCUGAUACCAAGAUACGGAUCGAAUUCUGUAUCGGCCCGAACAUCCUUAAACCGAUUCACUCACUCAAGAUCCAUCAUCCAAGUGUCGGAAGAGGUGCGACACGCUUUGGAAACCAAACAACCCAUUGUUGCUCUUGAAAGCACAAUCAUCUCACAUGGUCUCCCAUUUCCUCACAAUUUGGAUGUUGCACGCUCAUUGGAAGCUAUAGUCAGAGAAAAUGGAUGCGGAUGCGUGCCUGCCACUAUGGCUAUCAUCAACGGAAACAUAAAGGUGGGGUUGACACCACAGGAUCUGCAAUUACUGGCCAGUCCAGAUGCAAAAGUUAUCAAAACCUCUAGACGCGACUUUGCACACGUCGUGGCUGGGAAACUGCAUGGAGCUACGACCGUCGCUUCUACUAUGUGGAUUGCAAAUCAGAUUGGGGUGCACGUCUUUGCGACGGGUGGCAUCGGAGGAGUACAUCGGGGUGUCUCUGAAACCAUGGAUGUAUCUGCAGAUCUGACCGAACUAGGAAGAACGCCAGUUGCUGUAGUUUGUUCAGGCGUCAAGAAAACUAUGGGCGUCACGGUAGCUACACUGAAUUCGAAUCAAUUCCCAGCCUUUUAUACACGAGACUCAGGUAUCGAGAGUCCUCUGACUCUCCCAACGGAGUUCGAAAUGGCUCAACUCGUAAAGGCAAAUCUGGAUCUAGAUCUGCAAAGCGGGCUUGUUAUUGCAGUGCCGAUACCAGAAGACAAGGCGCCUGACGCCAAACUAUUGCAGUCUGUUAUUGAAGAAGCUAUACAAGCUGCAGUCUCACAAGGCAUACACGGAAAACAUGUAACGCCAUUCAUAUUGAAGCGCGUUGCUGAAAAGAGUAAAGGUCUUUCGCUAAAGGCUAAUAUCGCUCUGGUCGAAAACAAUGCACGUGUUGGUAGCAGAAUUGCAAAGCAUUUGGCCGAUUUAUAUAAUCCAUCAUCGCAAUCAAGUCGUAACUAUAGUACGGCUAGAAGUCAAUCAGCAGAAAACAGUCGGCCUAUCGUGAUAAUUGGAGGCACAGCUUUGGAUUUCACUGGUAAAAUAGAUGCUGACACAAAUCCACUGUAUACGAGUAACCCUGGAAUCGCUACCCAGACUUUGGGAGGUGUUGGAAGAAAUGUCGCUGAAGCAUGUCUCAGAAGUGGUGGAAAUCCAGUCUUUGUUUCAGCUGUAGGUGAUGAUAUGGUUGGCAGACACUGUCUCGACAAAUUAAAUUCUAUUGGAAUGGACACAACUGAAAUAAUAACUUCUGCGACGGAAUCAACGGCAGUGUAUAACGCCAUACUUGAUUCAAAGGGUGAUUUGGUGACGGCUGUCGCUGAUAUGAGGAUCAACAAGGCUUUAAAUUCCGUCAAUGUGGAAUCGCUGCUCAUUAAAUUUCGACCUCAAUUGUUGGCUUUUGAUGGAAAUUUGGAUUCAUCUGCCAUGCGGAGAGUUCUCACAGACUUUAAAGAUUGCAAGUCUGUGAAUCCAAGGGCAAUGCUCUGUUUUGAGCCUACUUCUGUUGAAAAAUCCAAACGAUUACUUAAUGCAAUGAAGGAUUGUUCUAUACGUCACAUCGAUAUUAUGGUGCCAAACCUGAUGGAACUUGAAGAGAUGCACCAGGCAGGAGUGGAAUUGGGCUUGAUUUAUAGUGCCGGGCAGUUCAAAGGCCCCAGUAAAAUGAAUAUGUGGGAUCGAGAUAUUAAAUUGUUGCAAGUGCUGCAACUUACUACUCACUUGGUGGUGAAGAAUGGUAUCCAUGGUGUAAAAUACUUCUGUGACUUGGGUAAUAACGAAGUUGAAGCUCGACACUUUGAUGCACAAGCAGUGUCAAAUAUGGUGUCAGCAACAGGGGCCGGAGAUACGCUGCUCGGCGUCAUGUUGCAUGUAUUGACGCAAACCAAUAUGGACUUUACUCGUGCCAUUCCUGAAGGAAUGAAGGCAGCAUCAUUGUCUGUCUCUUCACGAGGAGCGGUCUCUGAAAAUAUAAAACCAUUCAAACUGUAG